GGGAGCAGAAGAAGAGAGUGCAUGAGAGAAAGGCAUGAAAAGAGGAAUAAAAGGGAAAACAGUACAGGAAGGAAAGAGAAAGAAAAGGGAAGAAGGAAGUCAGUGGGGACAGAGGUUGGGACAGAGAGAAUAUAGGUAUCAGCCAAUGCCACCACACAAUGUCCUCAUGGGCAAUUGGGCCAUUUCCCCACCUGGGGCCAGAAUGUGGCCAGGGUGCCAUGAGAGAUGAGGAAAGCACCUUCCCAAACUACCCUGAAACAGGGCAGAGAUGGGGACCCACGUAGCUGGGUUUAGGAGGAAAGGGGACUGGGGAUAUACACUGGUGCUGCCUGGGAGCCAGGAUACCUCAGUUUCUAAUUAUUAUUGGGUCUGGGGGCCCAAGCUCCUGGGUCUGAGAGAGGAGGGAACUGGGAGCCUGAAUUCCUGGAUUCCUGAGUCUUGGAAGGAGGCUUUUGGACUCCUGGGUGUAAGUGAGGAGGGGGCCUGAGGCUGGACUCCUGGGUCUGAGGGAGGAGGGGGCUGGAGGCUGGAGUUCUGGGUGUGAGGGAGGAGGGGGCUGGGGGCUGGACUCUUGGGUCUGGGGGAGGAAGAGAGGCCUCAGAUUCUAAGCCCUCCAAGCAGCUGCAGACUCAGAGGGAGGAGCCUAGGACUUUGUUUAGCAAGGCCCUCCCCACCUCACCCCUUUCCUGGGCUGCCUUGGGUAAGAUAUGAUAUAAAAGGACUGUGAUUUCCCAAGGGAAAUCCCAAGAGCAGAUGCCAGCGUUCCAGCUGCAGACUGACCAUGAGUCCAGCCCCCCUACUGGCCCUCCUGGGGGUCACCUUCACCCUGCACCGAGUCCAGGCUCUGACCUGCGAGAAGGGGAUACUGAACUCUGUGUAUGAUGCAGCUGAACUGCCCCUCAAGUGGACGGCUGGCGAGGAAGACUGUGAGGGCGGCUGGGGCUGCCAAGACACACUGAUACACAUUCAAAACGGUCCCCAGGUGAAUGUAGUGAUCACCAAGGGCUGCACUCUGGCUGAAGAACAGGAGGGCCGUAUCACUGAGCACAGGGCCGGCCCAGGCCUCUCCAUCAUCUCCUACACCCGCGUGUGCCGGAAUGCGAACAAGUGCAAUGACCUCUCCAACAGCACCCAGCUCUGGGCCCUGUCUUCAAGAGCUGCCCCAGCCCCAAGAGGCGUGCAGUGCCCCACCUGCUUGUCAACAGAUGAGUGCCCAGAGAAGGGAACAGAGCUCGCCUGCCCUGCGGGGCUCACGCAUUGCUACAGUGGCAACGUCGUGCUCAAUGGAGGGGGGAUCACCGCCACUCUGAGAGUGCAAGGGUGCAUGGCCCAAGCAGGCUGCAACCUGCUUAAUGGGACCCAGGAAAUCGGGCCCAUAAGUGUGAGCGAGAACUGCAAUAGUAAGGAUUUUCUGGUCUGUCAAUCGGGGAACACGUUGAGGUUUGGUCAAUACAAGCCUCGGGAACCUAUCGAGUGGACUUCGUCUGGGAACCGGAUGUGUGCAGCUGGGGAAGUGUGUCAGGAGACGCUGUUGCUCAUGGACGCAGGACACAAAUUACUCCUACUGGGGAGCAAAGGCUGUGCCUCUCCUGGGACAAAGGAUUCCCGGGCUAUCUCCAUACACUCGGGUCCCCCUGGAGUGCUCGUCGCCUCUUACUUCCAUGUCUGCUCCUCCAAUGGUUGCAACAGAGCUGACAGUUCCAGUGUCCUGGCAAACAACCUCCCUCCACCAGCUGCCCCUGACCCUGAAGGCCUGAGGUGUCCUGCCUGUGUGAAUUUCUUUGGAACUUGUUCAGACCCCAAAGUUAUUACUUGCCCUAUGGGCACUACUCAUUGCUAUAAGGGCUACAUCAAGUUCAGGGGAGGUGGGUUCUCCUCCACAGCGGACGUUCAAGGCUGCAUGGCCCAACAUUCCAAAUCUUUGUUGAACAAUACCCGGAAUAUUGGGGCCUUCUCUGUGACUGAAUACUUUGAUGAGGAGCCUUUACCCCAAGAUGGAGUUGCCCCUGCCUGCUAUCUGGCUUGGAUGGUGGGGCUGGGACUGUCCCUAGCCUUUUGGUGUGGGGGGUUUUGUCUUCCCUAUUGACCUAAUUUCUAGAGGUUCUUAACCUCCGCUGAUCCUGCAUAGCUAACAUUCCUUCUGACCUCAUGACCUAGUGGUCUUGGACACCUAAUUAUUUCCCUAUCACCUCUAUGAAUCUUUUUCUAUGAAUCGUCCCCCACACCCACUUUAUCACUUGAUAACAACAUUUGUGAGGCACUGGGAACAGCUGAACUUGCCCUGUGGGAAGUGGACAUUCAAGAAGUGGUCAUGUGUGUCUGAUAAUAAAGACAUUAUCUUUUUCACCCACUGAUAGGGUUUCUUUAUGUGAAGGGGAGGGCAGGACACCAGAGAUCUGGUGUGAGGGAUGAGGGGUAUCCAGCAAGAGACCCACCAUCCCAGACCCCAUCCUUUGCUGGUCUGGCCCUCAUCCCUAUUCCAAUUUGGGUAGUAGUAGAGCCUUUGGGGUGCUGCAGCCAAAGAUAUUUGGGCAUCUCCAUGACCAUUGGUCAAGCAGGUUCACUGGACCAAUGAGGCU